CAGGCCUUUGUUUGCUGCAGCCGCGUUCGGCUUUUGACCUUUUUCUUUCUCUUGCCUUUAUUUAAAUCUGCUUGAUCUCUGCCCAAUUCAGUAACCCACUUCUACCGUGCGCCUGCCAGAACCUUUGUGAGGCCGGAACCAAUAUGCUGUGCCUCGAUGGCGGCCGGAGGACUGUUUUGGCCCGGACCACCAAGUCUGUGAGAAGGGUUGGUCGGGACAGUUCCGGCGGGAGAAGGCGGCGGUGAGGUCCUCGUCUUCGUCUCCUGAGAUGCACCGACAGAGUUUUCGACCCCCGACUCCUCCCUACCCCGGCGCGGGUGUAGGAGGUUGGGGUAGCGGGAGCAGCUUCCGGGGUACCCCGGGCGGAGGCGGACCGCGGCCGCCCUCCCCUCGGGACGGGUACGGGAGUCCGCACCACACGCCGCCGUACGGGCCCCGGUCUAGGCCCUACGGGAGCAGCCACUCUCCGCGACACGGCGGCAGCUUCCCGGGGGGCCGAUUCGGGUCUCCGUCCCCUGGCGGCUACCCUGGCUCCUACUCCAAGUCCCCCGCGGGGUCCCAGCAGCAAUUCGGCUACUCCCCAGGGCAGCAGCAGACCCACCCCCAGGGUUCUCCAAGGACAUCUACACCAUUUGGAUCAGGGCGUGGUAGAGAAAAAAGAAUGUCUAAUGAGUUGGAAAAUUAUUUCAAGCCUUCAAUGCUUGAAGACCCUUGGGCUGGCCUAGAACCAAUAUCUGUAGUGGAUAUUAACCAGCAAUACAGCAAUACUCAAACAUUCACAGGCAAAAAAGGAAGAUACUUUUGUUAACAUUUCUGAAAUUCACCCGGAAGCUUCAUGUGUCAGGAACAUCUUGGACAAAACUUUUACUCCUGUAAUUAAGUUGAACCCUAAGAUGGUGACUUUGAAUAAUUAGUUCAGUCUUCUUGGUAUUUUUCAUCUUAUCAAGUAUUGUUGAGAUUAGAGAAGACAUACAGUAGAGUAAUUUGCAAUAUUUAGCUCUUUGGAAGUGCCUACCACAUUUUAGAAGAUUCACAGUUUCCAAAUAUUUAACGUUCAUGGUUAUAUAAUGGACAUUUGUCUUUCAGUGGUUUUCCAAUGUUUUAAAAUAAAACAUUUCGUCUUUUUAGAUAUAUUGUGGUUUUGUCAUAUGCUAAAGAAGUAGAAUUAUUAAAAUAUUGCCUGUAAUCACUUGCUUAGCAUUCAUAGGUAAAUAUUUUGCAUACUACUUUUGAAAAUGAAAUAAACCAUCCUUAGAGAUACAGACAGUUAUAUAUUUGUUCACAGGGAAAGAGGGUGAAUGAAGAGAACAGAAAAGAAUUCUAUUCAUAUUUAUUAUAACCAUUGUUCUUUGUGCAUAUUUUAUGUAAUGCUUUUGUAAAUGCAUUGAAACUUGAAAGUCACAGAAACCCACUUAAAGGGUAUUUAUACUUUUUAUAUUCAUUUAACUGGAAAAGGCAAUGAUAGAUCAUAGCUAGGUUAAAGUGUUCUGUAUCUGAAUUUCUCAGCAUCUCUCUAUAUUUUGGAGUUAUUUUCUCUUGAGCCAAGGAAGAUGGGUACCAGCAUUCUGAAAUCACUUCCUUUGUGAAGAGAACAUCUCCCAACACUGUCCAUCCCAAGAAAGACCGAUUUGUCCUACCUGGAUCAUGUUUCUGUGUUCCUGAACCAAGCAAUGAGGCCUAAUUAGCUUGAGCUAUGAGCUAUGUCUCCCCUAUAAUGAGACAGGGCUCCACUAGGCCUGCGUGGAUUAGAAAAGUGGUUUUCCAAAGGAAGGGAUGCUACACGUGUAUACCUGAAUUAACUAUUUCUUCCCAAAUAUUUUAACAAAACUAAGUCUUCUAACGUUCGGGCUUUUUAGAUAUUUUGAUAUCACAACAUGAUGAAGAUAAAGCUAGUUAAAAUUCUCUUUAAACAUUCCCAAAAAGAAACAUCUAAAAAUGAAAUGGUCACACAACCUGUUUGAGCCAUACUCAGUUUCUUACCUCUUGGGUCUCAGAGGCAAAGAAGAAAAGCAGAGGGAAAGAGUUUAGACUAAUAGAAGCUCCACAACAGCCAGGACUAUUUGUACCAAUUAAAAGCUGGAUGAGUUAUUUAACUUCUCUAUGCCUCAAUUUUUUCAUAUGUAAAAUGAAAAUAGUACCCAUGUCAUAGAGGUGUUGUGUUUGAGGAUUAAAAGGGUUUAUAUGUGUGCAACUCUUAGGCCAGAGCCUGGCACAUAGUAAGCACUCAAUAAAUGGUAGCUAUUACUUUCUCAUUCACCCCUAUAAAGCCUCAGGUGCUAGAAUGAUGUCUGGGGAAAUAGUAGGUGCUUAAUAAAUAUUUGGUGAAUGAAUGCAAGCAUUCUGAUUAUAACUACUGUAUUGCUCUGCCUUGUCUCCUGUUAUAAAAGGAAUAGUAAAUUAGUAAUUUUCCCCAGUAUUUUAAAGGAAAUGUCUUUAUUCUCUAACGUCUUUCCCAGAUGAUUUGAGGUCAUGAAGUGUGAUGAAAAUUAGAGCAAAUGGAAUACUUUUGUAAACCUUUUAAUGAAUUUUAGAGGUAAGAAAUACUAUCUUUAGGAAGUGGCAUUUGGAAAUAAUUAUUAAACCACCUCUUAGAGAUCACUGGCUUAUUGGCAAAGAUGAAAAAGGAAGUGAGAAAGGAUUUUGUGCCAUUGUAUUCAUUGUAUUCAUAGUGUAUUUGGAAGAUAUACAAAUUGUAACAGU